AUGUCGCUUCUAUCUGCCCUAGGCGUAGCUUGGAACGGCUCCUGCGACAUGAAGAAGUUCUGUUUCUUGCAGCCCGCUAUCGCUGCCCAUCAUAUUUUAAUGGAUGGAGACAUGACUGCGUUAUUCGAGCAAGUAGCAACAUUAGGGCGCGUGGAGCAUGAGUUGACGAAAUUCUCUUGUGGCAUUUGGCGUCCGCCAGUGGCUAACUCGACAAUUGCAGAGGAGGGAGAGAUCAUAAGCUUUGGCCCAACUAAGAAAAUGCCCAUCUCGGUGUUUGUUGAGAUGAUAUUGAAUCCAGAGAAUUUGAAUCUCGAACGGCUCACUCCUGUUAUCUUCAAGAAAGCUAGAAUUGAACUGAGACGCAGCCUUAUGGCGCUGGAUGCAGCUAGAAAAACUUUGCCGUACAACUUCGAGCUUGCUCUAGUUUUAGCUGAGAUCAAACUACUUGCUCUAGUAUUAGCUGAAAUCAAACUAGUCACCGAAUUGAUGGUUCUGACCAGCAGACUGGGACAAGCAUUAUGUAUGCAUGGAAUGAAGACCACUAGAAUACGUGAGGAAGGCGCCCCUUAUCUACCGGGACGUGUUGGGGUAGGCCACCUACCGCUCACAAUAAGAACGGAUCUUGCGAACAGGUAUAGAAGCAUUUUUCAUUGAAU